AUGAAGGUGCGCGGCCCAGAUGCAUUGGCAAUCAACUCUGCUCGGCUGCACUGGAUUGGCCCUGUUUUGAUACCAGCGCAAUGCAAUGGCUUUGCUGCCUGGAAGAGUGAAGAGAGCAGUGCUAAACGCUUCUUCGUCUUCGAGACCCCUGCCGGCCGGACGUUUGUUACAAUCACAUACUCCCGUGGUUGUGCCGAAAGCUGGUGUGCAAGCAGUGCGGGUUCCUACUGUCGUGCCACCACCUGCAGUCCGAAGGCCCGUCAGUGUGCGACCAGUAGGGGUUCCUACUGUCGUGCCACCACCUGCAGUCCGAAGGCCCGUGAUCGUGCCACCACCUCCGGUCCGAAGGUUCGUCGUCGUGCCACCACCUGGAGUGUCUGCUGGCAGACCAGAUCGAAGUCGAUCCCCACGGCUACCUGCUACACAAUCCAAGUCUGCAGCAACGAGCAAGCCGAAAGCAUUGCCGACUACCUCUUCCCCGCGUGUGCUACAAGUAAGAGAACCAGAGCAUCCACAGCCGACGACUUCUUCAUCGCCCUCUCCCUCACUUGUGCUGCAAGUUGGAGCGCCAGAGCAUCCACGGCCGACGACUUCUUCCUCGCCCUCUUCCUCACCAGUGCUACAAGUCGAAGAACCAGAGCCUCCUCAGCCGACGACUUCUCCUUCGCUGAUGAGGUCAAAUCGGUCUACACGAAAUGCCUGGAGACACAAGAGCAAAUUGAUGACCUGCGUGAGCGUGGAGAUGGAUUAGAGGGCGACGUCCUGGAGAUCGGUUCCUGGAAGUAUGAUGCUGGGCAAACCCUGAAGGUGUCUCAGGAAGGCGCCCCACGGGGCGUCAAGGCGAACCUCCGUGUCCAGCUGCACGCAGUAAGGUCCGUCCUAAUCGGCCUCACCAAGAAGGCCAAGGCAAUAUCGUCAAAUCGAACCGGAUCAACUUGGAAGCCCUGGAAAGCCUGUUUGCCUAAGGCUAAUGCGCCGGAUGAUGCCCUUGCUAAUGUCGGGAAAAUGAAGCGCCAGCUCCAGGCAGCGCUUGCCUGGCUGGCCGUGGCCGUGGGGCCGUGUACUGGUCUGAUUUGGCAGGCCCCAAACGAGGUGGCCGCCGAUGACCAGGAUGCAACACGCAAGCUCCUGCAGUGCCCCACGACGCAGGCCGGCGAGAGCUUCGGGAACGUGCAGACUUCACAGGUGAACGAGUGCUCCGGCAUUGCGGCAAGCCGCGUGAAUCGCGGUGUCUACUGGGUCAACAACGACUCCGGUGACGGUACGAAGCUGUACGGCCUCACGCGCGAGGGGCGCCAGGUGGCGCGACUUCGCAUUGAAAACUCUGGGCAUGACGACUGGGAGGACGUGGCCGUCGGCCCAGGGCCGGAGCCUGGCAAGUCGUACAUCUACAUCGCGGACAUGGGCAACAACGAUCAUCAUCGAGGCACCGUGCAGAUCUACCGCGCGGAGGAGCCACGCAUCCCGGAGGGGCAUGACCAGAACGAUGACAUCAGGGUGUCAGCGGAGCGCUUCGAUGUGACCUACCCGGAUGGAAUGAAGUAUGACUGCGAGGCCGUCUUUAUCGAUCAGGGCAUGGGCGCUGAGAAGCAUGGCACAGUGGGCC